AUGGUCACCGUAGAUAUGGAUUUCUUGGAGAAAGCCAAAGAGUUGGGUGAUUUCUUGAUGGUGGGUCUGCAUACGGAUCCAGUAGUGAACUCCUACAAAGACAGUAAUUAUCCCAUUAACUUGCAUGAGCGCAUGCUAGGCGUGCUGGCGUGUAAGUACGUCAACGAAUUGAUUAUCGGCGCACCCUACUGUGUCACUGAAGACCUACUCGAUACCUUUAAAAUCGACGUUGUGUGCCAUGGACAAACGCCGAUUGCGCUGGAUGAUGGCAAAAUCGAUCCAUAUGCCGUACCAAAGACACGCGGCAUCUUCACGCCCAUCGAUUCCCAAAACUCAAUGACAACAGAACUGAGUUUAAGUUUUAUAAUUGCUAAUUUUAGGCGGGUGAUCAUCGUGAUUUGCUUAACUCUGCCUGCCCAAUGUUAG